AUGCGGCUAUCGCCACUCGCGACCUGGAACGGCCGCAGGGCGACUCUUGGCGAGGCGACGCCGCCGUCAGGCGAGGCCCGCGUGCCGCCGCGGCGCUGGUGCCGUGGUCUGGCCACCUCGCCCCUAUCUGGGGUCAGGCCCCAGGGCCCGGCCGCCGGCGCUUCGGCGCCACUGCCCGCUGCUGCCGCCUUACAAAACACGGCGCCGCCUGCCGGCGCAGCCACUGUACCACUUGCCGCGGCAGCCGCCACAUCAGCCGCGAAACAACUGCAACACGCGGCGGCCGCUCAGACCGCGACACGACCCCGGAAGCGCGUCCUCCAACUGUCCGCUGCACGGAACACCAGGUGCCACGCCGCGUCGUUUCGGCCAUUGGAGACGUCUUUCGAGUACCUGCCAUCUGAAACGGGAACGUCAGUGCAGGCUUCCAGUUCUCAUCGUACCAGUUGA